AUAUGUUAUGUACUAGAUAUUCCAAUGUUUUUGAUCACAAGACUAGUGGUGAAGAAGAUGUUAGAAUCUGGUCUUGGGAUUUAGAUGACUACACCUGCACAAGCUCCUACGCAGGAGGUGUCAUUGUCUCCACCAUUGGCGUCCCCUCCGCCAUUGUCUCAGCAGCCUCCACCAAUGGCGUUGUCUCCACCUCAGCCUUCCUUUCCCGGUGAUAAUGCCACUUCCCCUACUAGAGAGCCCACUAAUGGCAAUCCACCGGAUACCCCAAACACCCCAGUUCAGUCUUCUCUUCCUCCAGUAUCAUCACCACCUCCAGAACCUUUUCCCCCACCACCUCCACCAAUUGGAGCUCCUCCUCCGGCGUCUCCAGUAUCAUCACCACCACCAGAACCUUCUCCCCCACCACCUACACCAACUGGAGCUCCUCCUCCUACUCCUACUACAUCACCCAGCCCGCCAACAAACCCACCACCACCACCACCGGAAAGCCCUCCUUCACCACCUGCUCCAGACCCUUCAAUAAAUCCACCUCCGGUAAGCCCGCCUUCACCACCUGCUCCAGACCCUUCAAGAAAUCCACCUCCGGUAAGCCCGCCUUCACCACCUGCUCCAGACCCUUUAAGAAAUCCACCUCCGGUAAGCCCGCGUUCACCACCUGCUCCAGACCCUCCAAGAAAUCCACCUCCACCACCUACAUUUGACCCACCAUCAGUUCUUCCUCCACGCCGUUCCCCUCCCCCACCAACCUCAGUACGUCCUCCUCCACGGCAUCCUGAGCAACCUCCUGAACCACCGGGUUCUAAACGUCCUGCUCCUUCACCUCCUCCAAGUGACUCAAAACGUCCUGUGCAUCCCUCACCUCCUUCUCCACCAGAGGAAAUUCCUCCCAAGCCAAGUCCACCUCCCUUAACUUCUAAUUCGUCUUCAUCACCAACAUCGCCUCCACCACCCUCAGUUUCGCCUCCUCAAAUAUCUGUGCCAGGUCCUGAUAAUCCAUCUCCAGACAACCCUACUCCUUUGACAGAAAAUUCCAGCAAUUCUGGUAUGAAUACAGCAGCUGUUGUGGGUGUAAGUAUUGGAGUGGCCCUAGUGCUGCUUAGUCUUAUUGGAGUUAUUGUCUGGUGCAUAAAGAAACGAAAAAAGAGGCUCUCAACCAUUGGUGGUGGCUAUGCUAUGCCAACACCUAUGGAUUCCUCCUCCCCAAGAUCAGAUUCAGCGCUUCUGAAGACGCAGUCAUCCGCACCUCUAGUGGGAAAUCGUUCUAGCAAUCGAACAUACUUUUCACAAUCAGAGCCUGGUGGUUUUGGUCAAUCGAGGGAACUGUUCUCAUAUGAAGAACUUGUCAUAGCAACAAAUGGAUUCUCAGAUGAAAAUCUAUUGGGUGAAGGUGGAUUUGGUCGUGUGUAUAAAGGAGUCUUACCAGAUGAAAGAGUGGUUGCUGUGAAACAAUUAAAAAUAGGUGGAGGACAAGGUGACCGAGAGUUCAAAGCCGAGGUUGAGACCAUAAGCAGGGUACAUCACCGGAAUUUGCUCUCUAUGGUUGGAUACUGCAUUUCCGAGAACCGGAGAUUGCUUAUUUAUGAUUAUGUCCCUAAUAACAACCUUUACUUCCAUCUUCACGCCGCAGGAACUCCGGGUCUAGACUGGGCAACACGUGUUAAAAUUGCUGCUGGUGCCGCUCGUGGACUAGCUUAUCUCCAUGAAGAUUGUCAUCCUCGUAUCAUACACAGGGACAUUAAAUCAUCCAACAUUCUCUUAGAGGAUAACUUCCACGCUCUGGUUUCUGACUUCGGCCUUGCAAAGCUAGCUCUCGACUGUAACACACAUAUUACAACUCGGGUUAUGGGAACAUUUGGCUACAUGGCUCCUGAAUAUGCAUCAAGUGGCAAAUUAACCGAAAAAUCAGAUGUAUUUUCCUUUGGGGUUGUUCUACUGGAGUUAAUCACUGGACGUAAGCCCGUGGAUACAUCCCAACCUCUGGGAGAUGAGAGCCUUGUUGAAUGGGCUCGUCCUUUGCUUAGUCAUGCCAUUGAAACCGAAGAGUUUACAACUUUAGCAGAUCCCAAGCUAGGUAGAAACUAUGUUGGUGUUGAAAUGUUCAGAAUGAUUGAAGCAGCGGCAGCUUGUAUUCGCCAUUCAGCUGCAAAGAGACCUCGAAUGAGUCAAAUUGUGAGAGCUUUCGACAGUCUAGCUGAGGAAGACCUCACCAAUGGAAUGAGACUAGGCGAAAGCGAAAUCAUCAACUCAGCUCAGCAGUCUGCAGAAAUCAGAUUGUUUAGAAGAAUGGCUUUUGGCAGCCAAAACUACAGUACAGAUUCUUUCACUCGUAAUAGUAAUAUAAGCAAAGAUGAAAACGUUUUUGUGCAUAUCAGAGUAAUGGAAGAAGAUUGUGGUGCAUUUGCAGCAGACUGUGUUGUCCUGUCAUGUUGCUGUCAAUGCCUUGUCUUACAAGUUAGUGUCUUCGUCUUCUUCAAGAUCCCUCGUAAAGUUGCCAAGAAGAUGAAGAAGUUUGUGAAGAGAAGAUGUGGAAAAACCUUGCAACCAACAGUGGAGGAUGUCAAAGAGGAGCAUUGGUCUGGAAAUGGGUUUGCCUUUGAAGACGGCUCAUCAAGACUAAAUUGCAUGGAAGAUAUUGAAGGAAUGUUGCAGGAACUGUCGAUGAACAAAGGGUUCUUGUUUGGAAGCUUCUGGCGUCAUGAAGAUUCUUCUGACAUUUUCGAUUUCAAAUCAUAACAAAGCAGAGGUUAUACUCCUCGUAUUUGCUGGCCGCGUUCGUUAUGUUAUUCAAUCAAGAAUCAAGAAAAGAAGCGUUAAGGAAAACAAAAGCAAGUCUCAUUAUUUCUCAAAAGAAGAGAACUGUAACAAAGACAAAAAAUUGUAUUGUAUAUCUUUUAUCUGCUCUUAUCUAAACUGAAAAUCUUCCCCUGUUUUCUAAUAUAAUUAGAUGUUUCUU